UUGAAGCACAUUUUAGUGAAAGAAGUGACCGCUGGUCAGUUGAUUUGUUCUGGACUCGUUCAUUCCGAUCCGUUGGUUGUGUGGUACAGCAGUUGUACGUUGUUGCAUUGCGUGCUGAACUCUCCGAAGGAAUGCGAGCGCCUUUUGCGGGUACAAUUGGCAUCCGGCAUCGGUAACGCUCCAUUGACGCUAAUGGAACAGACGACGUCGAUCCUGACCCAGAGUCACGACUGUCAGACUCGCGCCGCGGUGCUGAUGUUCCUGUCAGGUUGGCUGCUGCACUGCCGAACGGCAGUUAUUGCUUUUCUGCAGAAUUCUUACAACAUACCAUUUCUGACCGCUGACGCCAGUUCUACCGAAGGCGACGAACUCGAGUCUAUAGUACACGGUCUUAGCGCCUUCGUAUCAGCAUUGAUGCAGAUCGUCCAGAACCGGAUCGGAGUUACAACGUUUGUCGAGAAGCUAGAGCGGGUGUCGAAGUCAGAGUUUUACGCCCAUGCCGCGCAGAAACCUCAGCCACGUGCUUCCUCGCCUUCACAGCUGAUGUUCGACCACGAGUUUACGAAGUUGUUCCACAACUUUGAACCAGAGGUGCUGCGCGUGUUGUUGAGCAACGAGAGUCCGACCGGCGGGGCGAUGCUUAACGAUACGACAUCGCUGACGACGAAGACCACGGUCAACGGCGUUGUUUCUCAGGAGGAGGAGGUCGUGCAGCGUUACAAACAGUUGAUCAAACAGCAGGACGAUGAAAUUACAGCUCUCAAGGAAAAAAUUAAGGCGAUGGAGACUGGAGCCAUCGCAAGCGACGCGUUGGCUGACGUACAGAAGGAGCUGAGCAUGAAAUGCAGAAUCAUCGACGAACAAACGAAGUACAUGGAAGACUUGCAGAACUAUUGUCAGUCUUUGCCAUCUGCUGCUGGUAGUGCAGACGAAAUCACACGCCUGAAGACGGAACUGGAAGCUACGACUACUUUGCUAAAACAGAGAGAAGCCGAAAACAGUUAUUAUAAACAACAGUGCGACGCUUGGCAGUCUCAUGCUCUUUGUCAGGGUGCGUCUUCAGACCCUUCUGGUAUGUUACAGACGUUGUCAGCAGAAGUUCGAGAGCUGGAGUCGCAGCUGGUUUUCGGUUGGCAAGCGUACGAAAAUCUUAACCAACAGCUUUCAGCGACGAUGAAUGAAAAUUGCUCACUGAAAAGUCAGCUGGAACAGCUAAAUGCGACGAUUCAAAAUCUACAGCAAGAAAAUUCCAAAACCAUGGUAGCAGCAGAACUCGAGAAGCAGACGCGAGAGGUGGAAACUAGCACCGAGGCGCAGGACGAAGAAAAGAAACUGGAGGCUGCGGCUGAAGAGUCAAAAAAGAAGGCGGAGACGGCGAUAAGUGAUCUUAACAGUCUUCGCAAGGAACAGGAAGACCUGCUCAUGUUGCUAGCGGACCAAGAUCAGAAACUCCGCGAAUACCGCAGUCGACUUAAGACGAUCGGAGUCGAGGUGAGCAGUGACGAGGACGAUGUUAAUGAGGACAGUGAACUUCGAUAG